AGAAGACGUCUUCCACCAGUCUGCAUUGUCACAUUCCUUCUGCCACUGAACUGAGAUGCCUGUAGAGACGCUGUCAAUCAGAGACAGAAACGCAGUGGGUCGGUUUCCAUCGGUCACUUUUGGAUUUUGGGACGAUACAGAUGAAAAAAAAGAACAACCAGAAGAGGAAAAUGUUCAGACAGAAAGCGCAUGCCGGCAGUGGCUGCGAAAGAUCUGUCCGUGCUGCUGUCCUAAGCCAAAUGAUGAUGAUAUCACAAACACCUCGGUCACAGGGAUUGAUGAGCUGGAUAAGGAGGACGGGAUAAGUGGCGAGAAGCCCAUGACUGGCGACAGCGAGCUUGAUGAACUUCUUCUCAAAGUGCAAUCAAUAGACCUGAUGAAAAGCAAAUCAGGGGAGAACCGCAUGGAGCAUCACACAAAUCUCUACCAAAGUGACAAGUGUAUUAUCCGCAGAGGGCAGACUUUCCAGAUGUGGAUUACCCUGUCUCGGCCUUUCAACCCCAGCACUGACAAGCUUCACCUUGAACUUAAAACAGGGCCACUGCCAGCAGUGGCAAAGGGUACCCAUGUCAUCAUCCCUUUGGUGGAAGAGUUGGAGGAUGGUCGCUGGGAGGCUGCUGUCGUGACACAGGAUGAGAAAAGGAUAAAGCUGUCAGUUAAUUCUCCACCCACAGUGGCCAUUGGCCGAUAUCAACUCACAGUGGAAACAAACUGUGCAAACGGCAAGGCUGUUUCCUCACAUGACCCUGCUAAUGACAUCUACAUGUUGCUCAACCCCUGGUGUGAAGAUGACACAGUGUUCAUGGAUUCUGAAGAGGAGAGGCAGGAGUACAUCCUCAAUGAUGUUGGACGAAUCUACUACGGCACAGAGAAUCAAAUUGGAGUGAGGACCUGGAACUAUGGCCAGUUCCAUGAUGGGAUUCUAGAGGCCUGCCUCUUUGUCCUGGAGAAGAGUGGAACUCCUCCAUCCGGUUGGGGAGACCCGGUUAAUGUGGUGCGAAUCAUUUCAGCCAUGAUCAACUCCCCUGAUGACCUCGGUGUCCUGGAGGGAAACUGGUCAGGAGACUAUUCAGAUGGGACUAGUCCAACAGUUUGGAGUGGAAGUGUGGAAAUCCUGAAGGAAUACCAUAAAAACAGCGGCACCCCUGUUAAGUAUGGCCAGUGCUGGGUCUUUGCUGGCGUAGUCACAACAGUGCUACGGUGUUUGGGCAUCCCCAGUCGAACUGUGACCAACUUCAGCUCAGCUCAUGACACGGACGUCUCCUUGACAACAGACGUGUACUUGGACGAGAAAUUGGAGCCUAUAGAUUACCUCAAUGCCGACUCUAUCUGGAACUUCCAUGUGUGGAACGACUGCUGGAUGGCUCGCCCGGACUUGCCUCCAGGCAAUGGAGGCUGGCAAGCUGUCGACGCUACACCUCAGGAGACCAGCCAAGGCACCUUCCGCUGUGGCCCCGCUUCUCUUGCAGCUGUCCGCAAUGGUCAAGUCUACCUCAAACACGACUGUCCGUUUGUGUUUGCUGAGGUAAACAGUGACAAAAUCUACUGGCAGAGAAAUGUGAAUGGGACCUUCAGUCAAAUCUACAGUGAGAAAAAGACUGUGGGACACAACAUCAGCACAAAGGCCGUUGGCUCUGAUGAACGCAGCGACAUCACACACUUAUACAAACAUCCUGAAGGCACAGAGGAAGAACGCAUUGCUGUAGAAACAGCCUGUCGCUAUGGCUCCAAAGCAGAGGCCUAUUCGUCUUCCACGGCAGAGGACGUCUCUAUAGAAGUGACCACGGAUGGCGAAGGUCCUAAAAUGGGAAGGGAUGCAGAGCUGACCAUCGUGCUGCGAAACCGCAGCUCAGAGCAGCGCACAGUCACCCUGCACAGCCAGGCGGCGGUCAUGUACUACACCGGUGUCCACAAGGCCACGGUCAGAAAGGACACUACAGAUGUGGAAGUGCCGCCCAACGAGGAGACGGUUUUGGAGUGGUCCCUGGAGCACAAAGACUACAAGGACCAGCUGAUAGACCAGGCCGCUCUGAUGCUGACACUGUCAGGCAGGGUCAAAGAAACACAGCAGGUCCUGGCCACUCAGUUCAGCUUCCGACUCCGGACCCCAGACCUCAACUUGAAGCCAAUCGGGAAGGCUGUGGUAGGAGAAAAGAUGGCAGCACAGAUUUCAUUCACGAACCCACUACCACAGGUCCUGAAAGCAGUGAUAUUCCACGUGGAAGGACUCGGCCUCCUACCUGCUCGCAAGAUUAAUUAUGGAGAUAUUGGCAGCCAUGCCUCUGUGUCUCUCACGGAGCACUUCAUCCCCACGCUGCCUGGACCGAGGAAAUUACUGGCUUCACUGGACUGCAAGCAGCUCACUCAGGUUCAUGGUGUGAUUGACAUCACUGUGAAGGAAAAAAGCAACGCCACUCUUUAACGAUUUGAAACGAAGGCAUUUUUACAAUGAAUGUUGACAGUCAUUUCCUCCAUACAGGCACUAACCCAAUGUUUUUGUUUUUGUUUUUCCAAAAUGAAGAAUUUUCCCAUGUAAUUUAUAUGGAAAACCUAUAUUUAAAUUUACAAAGAUGUGACACUGCUUUAUUUUGCAUGAGAAUUUCAUUAUGACCCGUGACCACAGGCAGACAACUAAUCAUGAAACAUCUAAGAAAAACGUGGUCUUUCUCUGAUUUCAUCUCAGAGUAGACACAAUCUUUCAUACUCUAUGAAAACCAGUAUUACCCCACAUCAGAUUGUUUUGCAUUUUAAUGUGGAAGAUAUUGUGAUAUGGUUCUAUAACAUGCAGGAGUGGAAGGUGCAGCUAUGAUUACUCUUCCAGAGUCCCACAGUGGUUGCAGUGGUUGGACAACUUGGCAGCUUAGAUGAAAGAAGUGUGCUUUUAUGAAGGCUCUAUGGUGAGGUCAUGUUUUGUACUUAUACAUGCUAUGUAUUUAUUUUGUUUGUGUUGCUGUGUGUGACAAUAAGGAUGAUUUUAUUUAAAUAUCUAAAUACUGCUGCAAAUGCUCUUGUAUCAUUACAACACAAAUAAUUAAAACUGUAUCUUGGUGA